AUGGCUCCAAAGAGGACAAAAUGUACAGAUCGUGCUCAGGAUCAAACCAGUAACUCAAAAAAGCAGGAGGCUCAUCAACAGGAGUAUGUGAUCUAUGUCUCAACAACAUCAUCUAAUAAAAAGAGGUUAACAGGAGAAUUAACCACUAUGAUGUUGCCUAACGUUCGAAGACAUUGGAUCCAGCAACAAGUUAGUAAUACAAGAAAAAAUAGUGAUUCAAAAACUGACGAAGGAGACGUUAACAAAAAACUGUGA